UUGUAGCUGCAGGAGGAAGCAUAAAGUGCAGGCGUCUGGAAGAAAUUAGAUGCAGAAAAGGCAGUAGGCUACAAGUACUGUUGUUCGGCAGUUUAUCAUUUUAACCUGUACGCUUGAAAAACUUGAAUUAAUGACAAAUUUUCUCACCAACACUGACUACUGUUGGAUGUCAUUUUUUAUCCACUUUUUCAAUUUUAUUGUUGACACUGCCAAUGUUGACUGACAUAAUGAUUUCAAUCAUUAGUAAAUAUCUAAAAUGCGGACAUUUUACAACUACUUCAUUGAAAAAAAGGAGUUAAAGAGACUUGAAUGUACUCAAGAGUUAAAAAGAGAUAUUGGAAAUUGCACAAACCUAUUUUUCUGAUGAGGACCGUUUUAAGAGGCUUCAUGAGACUUACUGCAAAAGUGUACCUUGAAACGUUGAAGAGAAGUUUUCUCCAAGUGGAGCGCUGCAAGCGACGCAGAAGCUAACUGCAUCCAUCAUAGAGACGGGACGUCAGGACUCGACAGCUGCUUUAAGAUGAGAUGUGACAAAGUCCUCACGUACCUGAGGGUAUUUGGAACCACGAUGUUCGGGAUCUCUCUGCUGGUGGGCAUCUCAACGGCUUACAUCAUGGGCUACCAGUUCUUCACCACAGCGCACAACCACGUCUCCUUCGGCCUGUACGGCGCUAUCCUGGUCGUGCACCUCUUCAUCCAGAGCCUGUUUGCUCUGCUCGAGCACCGCAACAUGCGACGCUCGUUGGAAACGCCCAUCAAGCUCACCAAGUCCCUGGCGCUAUGCAUCGCCGCCUACCAGGAAGACCCCAACUACCUGAGGAAGUGUCUGAUCUCGGUCAAGAGGCUCACCUACCCGGGCAUCAAGGUCAUCAUGGUGAUCGAUGGUAACAAUGACGACGAUAGCUACAUGAUGGACAUCUUCCGCGACAUCAUGGGGAGGGACAAGGCGGCCACAUACGUCUGGAGGAGCAACUAUCACCACCGCGGGCCGGAGGAGGGAGAGGAGGCCUACGCCGAGAGCCUGCAGCAGGUCUCUCGCUUGGUGCUCGCCAACAAAUGUGUCUGCAUCAUGCAGAAGUGGGGAGGAAAGAGGGAGGUCAUGUACACGGCCUUCAAAGCCCUGGGGAGGAGCGUCGACUAUGUGCAGGUUUGUGACUCGGACACCAUGCUGGACCCCGCAUCCUCUGUUGAGAUGGUGAAGGUUCUGGAAGAGGACCCCAUGGUUGGGGGCGUGGGAGGAGACGUACAGAUCCUGAACAAGUAUGAGUCGUGGAUCUCCUUCCUGAGCAGUGUGAGAUAUUGGAUGGCCUUCAACAUCGAGCGGGCCUGCCAGUCCUACUUCGGCUGUGUCCAGUGCAUCAGCGGGCCCCUGGGGAUGUACAGGAACUCCCUCCUCCACGAGUUCAUGGAGGACUGGUACAACCAGACCUUUAUGGGCAGUCACUGCAGCUUUGGCGAUGAUCGCCAUCUCACCAACCGUGUCCUCAGCCUGGGCUAUGCCACUAAGUACACGGCCCGCUCCAAGUGCCUCACGGAGACCCCAAUCACCUACCUGCGCUGGCUGAACCAGCAGACGCGCUGGAGCAAGUCUUACUUCAGAGAGUGGCUGUAUAACGCCAUGUGGUUCCACAAGCACCACCUGUGGAUGACCUAUGAGGCCGUCAUCACCGGCUUCUUCCCCUUUUUCCUCAUUGCCACGGCGAUCCAGCUGUUCUACCAGGGAAGGCUGUGGAACAUCCUUCUCUUCCUGCUCAUCGUACAGGCCGUGGCACUCAUCAAAUCGUCCUUCGCCAGCUGUCUCCGGGGCAACAUAGUUAUGGUGUUCAUGUCCUUCUACUCAGUGUUAUACAUGUCCAGCCUGCUUCCAGCCAAAAUGUUCGCCAUAGCAACCAUAAACAAGGCCGGGUGGGGGACUUCGGGGAGGAAGACAAUUGUGGUGAACUUUAUCGGGCUUGUGCCCAUAUCUGUCUGGUUUACCAUUCUCUUUUUUGGCCUUAUCUAUACAGUCAUCCAAGACACCAAAAAACCCUUCCCAGAGUUCGAGAAAAUAGUCUUAAUCAUAGGUGCAAUAGUGUAUGCCAGCUACUGGGUCAUGCUCUUGACGUUGUACAUAGUGCUGAUCAACAAGUGCGGUAAGAGGAAGAAAGAACAGCAGUACGACAUGGUGAUCGACGUAUGACGUGAGCAACAGGACAUUCUCGACUGACACUAAUCCCUCUCAACGUUUACAAAGUGAAGAAUCUCAGACCGCUCGUUGGCGGAGUCUCGGCGGGUGGCGUGAAGUCACUCGGCCAAGGGAGAGGUAUCUGCUGCUGUGUCUGGAACUAGAGUCCUAGAAAUGACACUGACACUCCACCUAAUGACACUAAGUGACAUCAUGGUUUCUAGACAUGGGGUGGACAUUAGUUUAAUACUUCCUAUGCACUUUUGUGUCUCACUCCCGAUGUGCAGCAGAAUGCUUGACAGAGUCAUUUGACAAGACAAAAUACCUCAGUGGUUGUGUUUGCAUUGUAUGAAUGGUAUACUAGGAUGAAGAUGCAGUCAAAGAAGAUGCACUCUCAUCUUAAAUAAUUUAUAAUUAUUUUGUUCUUUUUAUAUACACCGUUCUUAAUAAAAGUCAACGCUGGAUUUUGUCGCCUUCUGGCCUUGCUGUAGCAGUUGACUUUAUUAAUAACAUAUUGUAUUGUGUAAUGCAUUUUUAUAUAGACAUUUUUAUUAUAUUUUUGUUUAGCCACCAAAGAGUCUCUAUUUUCAUUCAUUUUUAUAUAAAAUGGAAAGGCAAUGUGCAUUUGACUGUUAUGAUAAUGACUUGUGUAUCUGACCAAAAAUGUGAAAUGAAGAGCUGGGUUUUUUGUCUGCAAUGGUAACAAAAAAUGCAAUUCUAGGGAUAAGUGAGGGAUAAGGGGACAAACCUGUGUUUAAAUGUACUUGGAUAGAAAACCAGCAUAUUUAUGAAAACAUUCUGUGGUUUAUAGAUGUAUGUGCUCAGAAUAUUAUAUCUAGACAUUUCUUUUACCUUAAGCCUUACUGCAUGAGCUCCUGAAGGAAGUUAGUACCUUUUUAAUGACCUGCUGCCUUUGAGGAGUCUUACUCAAGCAAAUUAGAUUCUAAUCAAAAAGAGACCUUUGCACAAACAUUUUAUGAAGCAAGUAUGCAAUACCCCUUUUUGUUCCUGUCCUAAAAAAAACAUGCAGAAAUGUCAAAGGAAUAACUAUCUGAACAUCUAGAGUUUACAAACAAAUUAGAACCAAGAUAUAUGGCUGAGGAUGAGACCAAGUAUUGAAGAUUGACUUUGUAUUAUGCCAAACAAUCAUGGGCAGUGUUAUAAUUAAGCACUUUUGUGUUUUGUGCCAAAUAAAACAAAAUGUUU